CUGUCACACCUCCCCACCCCAUCCUGGGACUCACAGAAGAGUGCCUCUGUGUCUGGCUUUUGUGGGUCCAGGGCCUUUAACUCAGGUCCCCACACUCCCACAGCAGGUGCUUUACCCAUUGAGCCCUGUCCCUAGACCUGCUUUUCUGUUUUGCUCUAUAAAUGAGGGUGUGUGUCGCUGUAGUCCAGGCUAUCCUUAAACUCACUCAGUCCAGUCUCCCUGCCCCAGUUUUUGGAGUGGAGUUUAUAGAGAUUAUGGGCCUGAGCCACCACACCUGGCUCAGUUUGUGCUCAUUGCUAAAUCCCAAACGCAAAGAACACAGGCAGGCCUAGAGCAGAUGCUGAAUAAGCAUUCUUUGCGUGAGAAGAACUUCCAACACUCCAGGAAAUCACUGGUCAAAGGAAUGGCUCAGGGUCCUGCGGCCCUGGGAGCACACCCACACCCCUUGCCCAGGUGUCUUUCCGUUUCCCCGCAGGUGCGGCCUGCCCAGCGGCCCAUGAUGGCCUUGCCUCGGUGAGCCACAGCCUGCCCCAUCCCCCGCCUGCGACCGGCCAGCAGGAUGCGGCUGUGGAAGGCGGUGGUAGUGACGCUGGCCUUCGUGAGCAUGGACGUCGGUGUGACCACGGCCAUCUAUGCCUUCAGCCACCUGGACCGCAGCCUGCUGGAGGACAUCCGACACUUCAACAUCUUCGACUCGGUGCUGGACCUCUGGGCUGCCUGCCUGUACCGCAGCUGUCUGCUGCUGGGGGCCACCAUCGGUGUGGCCAAGAACAGCGCUCUGGGGCCAAGGCGCCUGCGGGCCUCGUGGCUCGUCAUCACCCUCGUGUGCCUCUUUGUGGGCAUCUAUGCCAUGGCCAAACUGCUCCUCUUCUCGGAGGUGCGCAGGCCCAUUCGGGACCCGUGGUUCUGGGCGCUCUUCGUGUGGACCUACAUCUCGCUGGUCGCCUCCUUUCUGUUGUGGGGGCUGCUAGCCACUGUGCGGCCGGAUGCCGAGGCCCUGGAGCCGGGGACGGAAGGCUUCCACGGGGAGGGUGGGGCCCCUGCUGAGCAGGCCUCGGGGGCCACACUGCAGAAGCUGCUGUCCUACACCAAGCCUGAUGUGGCCUUCCUAGUAGCUGCCUCCUUCUUCCUCAUCGUAGCAGCUCUGGGUGAGACCUUCCUGCCCUACUACACAGGCCGGGCCAUUGACAGCAUUGUGAUCCAGAAGAGCAUGGACCAGUUCAGCACGGCCGUGAUUGUCGUUUGCCUGCUGGCCAUUGGCAGCUCAUUGGCCGCAGGUAUUCGGGGUGGCAUUUUCACCCUCGUGUUUGCCAGACUGAACAUCCGCCUCCGGAACUGUCUCUUCCGCUCACUGGUGUCGCAGGAGACGAGCUUCUUUGACGAGAACCGCACAGGGGACCUCAUCUCCCGCCUCACCUCUGACACCACCAUGGUCAGCGACCUGGUCUCCCAGAACAUCAACAUCUUCCUGAGGAACACGGUCAAGGUCACGGGCGUGGUGGUCUUCAUGUUCAGCCUCUCCUGGCAGCUUUCCCUGGUCACCUUCAUGGGCUUCCCCAUCAUCAUGAUGGUGUCCAACAUCUACGGCAAGUACUACAAGAGGCUCUCCAAGGAGGUCCAGAGCGCCCUGGCCAGAGCCAGCACCACGGCCGAAGAGACCAUCAGUGCCAUGAAGACGGUGCGCAGCUUUGCCAACGAAGAGGAGGAGGCAGAAGUGUUCCUUCGCAAGCUGCAGCAGGUGUACAAGCUCAACAGGAAGGAGGCAGCGGCCUACAUGUUCUACGUCUGGGGCAGCGGGCUCACGCUCCUGGUGGUCCAGGUCAGCAUCCUCUACUACGGGGGUCACCUUGUCAUCUCGGGGCAGAUGAGCAGUGGCAACCUCAUCGCCUUCAUCAUCUACGAGUUUGUCCUGGGAGACUGCAUGGAGUCCGUGGGCUCCGUCUACAGUGGCCUGAUGCAGGGAGUGGGGGCCGCGGAGAAGGUGUUCGAGUUCAUUGACCGGCAGCCAACCAUGGUGCAUGAUGGGAACUUGGCCCCCGACCACCUAGAGGGCCGGGUGGACUUUGAGAAUGUAUCCUUCACCUACCGCACUCGGCCCCACACGCAGGUCCUACAGAAUGUCUCCUUCAGCCUGUCCCCAGGCAAGGUGACAGCCCUGGUGGGGCCCUCUGGCAGCGGGAAAAGCUCCUGUGUGAACAUCCUAGAGAACUUCUACCCGCUGCAGGGUGGCCGCGUGCUUCUGGACGGCAAGCCCAUCGGCGCCUAUGACCACAAGUACCUGCACCGUGUGAUUUCUCUGGUAAGCCAGGAGCCGGUGCUGUUCGCCCGCUCCAUCACAGACAACAUUUCCUAUGGCCUGCCCACCGUGCCCUUCGAGAUGGUGGUGGAGGCCGCACAGAAGGCCAACGCCCACGGCUUCAUCAUGGAGCUGCAGGAUGGGUACAGCACAGAGACCGGGGAGAAAGGAGCCCAGCUGUCAGGUGGCCAGAAGCAGCGGGUGGCCAUGGCUCGGGCCCUCGUGCGGAACCCCCCUGUGCUCAUCCUGGACGAAGCCACUAGUGCUCUGGAUGCAGAGAGCGAAUACCUGAUCCAGCAGGCCAUCCACGGCAAUCUGCAGAGACACACGGUGCUGAUCAUUGCACACCGGCUGAGCACCGUGGAGCGGGCGCACCUCAUCGUGGUGCUAGACAAGGGCCGGGUGGUGCAGCAGGGCACGCACCAGCAGCUGCUGGCCCAGGGCGGCCUCUACGCCAAGCUGGUGCAGCGCCAGAUGCUGGGGCUCGAGCACCCCUCGGACUACACAGCUGGCCAUAAGGAGCCACCGAGCAACAGCGAACACAAGGCCUGACAGCCCGACACUGGGCCCCACCCCCGGGGCCGCGGCACUGGAGGCGACCUGCCAAGUCCCACUCCUGCUUCCUGCAUCUUGCCUCUUUCCACCUGCUCCCCAGGCACCCCCUGGCUGCCGUGGGCAACCCCCUUCUACCGGCUCCCUUCUCGGCCCCUCCAGACCUGCCAAGGUAGAGCAGCCUUUUUAAACCAAGUCACCAAGGUUUUUAACUGCUCCGUUCAACGCACUCCAGUCAACUCCUAGAUUUCAAAACCACUUCUUUCGGGGACUGGCAGUGAGCAAGCUCACUAAGAUGUUCUCAAGACUUCUGAGCCAGGAGUGCACGGCCCUUUCUGACCGCCUGGAGGAUGUCGGGGAGAGAACGAGGCAGCACCCUUUGCCCCUCCAGAGAAGCGGCUCCCCUGUCCCCUAGGGGGACCCAAGGGUUGGCUUUCCAUCCUUCCUGCUCGGAGUCACGCCAGGGGUGGGCAGGAGAGUGGGCGGGGGCUGACUGCCCAUCCCCCGCCCCUGCCAAUCAAAGCCAGUCUCACUGUGAACCACCAGGAACCUCAGAAGAGGAGGGGCUGGCCAGGCCUGGUGGGCCUCGGGGUGCCCCCAGCCCCACCCCAGCACUUGAGCCCCUUCAUCCUUUCCCCUGGCUGGUACCCUCAUGUCCACCCCUGCUACUGCGGAGGACCCUUGCUUGUGAGAUACCUUCUCAGAUCGGUGGAGGGAGGCCCAGGCGAUGCCCAGGGUCUGGCUUUGUCCUGGGUUCGAGAUUUAGGGAGAAGUAGGUCAAUAAAGUGUACUACCUCUGA